GGGCGCCAAAUUCAAACAACCGGGAGGGACGAAGGAAAAGGCGGCGGCGGCGGAGCCGGGCGAAGGGCGAAGAGGCCGCGGCCCGAAGAGGCAGGCGGCGCUUGCCAAAGACACGCGCGCGCGCCCGCCCCGGCAGGAGCCAAGCGCGGGUCCCCCUCCCGCCCCGGAGCCGAGCGGCGAAGCCCGAGGAGGAGAUUCCCGGCCGGGAGCGAGCGAGCGAGCGAGCGAGGCGGCGCUGCCGAAGGUGACGUAAGCUCGGCGUCUCAACGGCGCUUUCAGUUAAGGCGCUAGUCCUGCGCGAACUCGCCCCGCGGCCAGGAGGGGCUCGGCCGGAAGGCCGCGGGGCCAAGGAGCCCCAGAAAGGCGCAGCUGCUGCUGCUGGUGGUGGUGCUACUGUUACUAUUACUACUACUACUACUAUUAGUAUAUUCAUACCCCAGCUUUUUCUCUGCUAAAGAGCUGCUAAAAACGUAGAAAAACCAAUCAUAAAAAACCCUAAACACUGAUAGAAUUAAAACCAGAUACACGUAUAAAAUCUGUUUAAAACAUACCAGUAACUACAAUAAAAACUGCACAGCACCAGCCCUUUCAUAUAAGUAUAUGGUUUUCCUACAACAACAAAGAGAGAGAAAAGCUUAACAGUACAGUAAUUGCUAUUGAAUCUCCAGCCUUUGCCUGACUCUGUCCCUUGCUUCAUUUCCCCCCCACCUUGGGCAAGGCUGGGAAUAUGAGGGUGUUUUAUGGGCAGCAGCAGUGAGGUGCAAUUAUUGCUUAUUAUUGUUUUUGUUGGUGGCAAGGAAAAAAAUGGUAUGUAAGCAGGAGAAUUCCUAGAUGUCAAGAUCCAGUUUGGGCAAGUACAGUACUCUUUGGUGCAAGAACACCAGCACAGAUUUUAAAUCACAGAAUGUGCAGCAAAGCAAGGAAGUAUAAGCUGUUAAACCUUUAAAAUAUGCCCUUCUAAAUUCCUUCUAAAGUUCCCCUUUUCCCCUAGCAUAGAAAAAAAAGUAAGAUAAUAAUGUUUUAUUUCUAAACUCCAAAGGCCAAGUUCAUAUGCUUUUCCAUACAGCAGUCAGAAAAUGUUGCACAGGCAGUAAAACCUGAUUUAGUUGCAAUAGUGGAAGUUCCUAAAUUAUUGGUAUAGGAACACAAUAAUGGCUUGUAAGAGCCAUGCAGUCUGAGCUGUAGCAACCAGCUCAAAACCUUUGCACACUUUGAACUUCUCUGGUAGCCUGAAGGUGAAUAAAGGCUUGAUUACUUAGUCCCUUCCAAGGUGAGAAAAGCCUAGCGGUGACAGCUUAUUCUGUGGUUUUAAUACUUUAGUGCAUUGAUUAGACUUAAGCAUGUUGGUUAUAUGAGGCUAGUUAUCCCACAGUUUUCUUAUAAAAGAAUGCAACCAUUCUGCAAAGCAAGAUUGAGGUGCUUCUUAUGGACCAGUAUUCAUGAAGGCAGGAAAUGACAGCAAUUUGUCCAAAAAACACUACGGCAGAGACUACAUGGUACACAUGCACCAGCACAACCAGAUACCUUCAUCUGCCCUAACUGCAUCCAAAACAAGUCUUUCCCAUACUGGUCUCUAGAGACACACCAUGUGCCAUAACUCUCCGACGGUUUGACUUCACCUCCAAAAGCACAGGCUUCCAUUGUCUCAAAUGGAUACCAACUAACAUUCUCUUAAACUGGCCAAAAAAAGAAAGAAUCAGCAUCACUUGUAUAAUAAGUAGAAUAAAUAUUAAAAGUAUUUUCCUUUUCCUUCUGGCUGAUCAGCCAUGCUGAACUUCUGGGGAGAAGUGCUAAGUCUUGAGUAGUUCUGGAGUUAGUACUAAAUAAUAAAUAAAUGCACCACUUUGGGUUUGCAAUUCUACAUACACUUACCUGGAAGUAUGUUCUAAUGAACUUCAGACAAUGAUGUAUACAGUGGACGCUCAGGCUGCGAACGUGAUCCGUGCGGGAGGCACGUUCGCAACCUGCAGCGCCGCGUCUGCGCACGUGCAGGUUGCGAAUUGGCACUUAUGCGCAUGCGCAAAGCACGAUUUAGCGCUUCUGUGCAUGCACGGCCGCCGAAACCCAGAAGUAACCCGUUUCAGUACUUCCGGGUUUCGGCGGGUCCAUAACCCAAAAAAACGCAACCUGAAGCGUCUGUAACCCGAGGUAUGACUGUAUGAUCAGCUACAUGAAUAGGCAACUUUGAAUAAACUGUUCAUGUGUAAACAAAUAGAUGGGCAAAGAAGGUCAUUACUACCCAGUCCUUUUGCUCAAUCAAUGUCAAUUGCAACAAGAGUUUACAAAGUUACGAAGUCCUUCACAUGGGGUGAUUAUAAUAGCUAAGAUUUUUAAGGGGAUGAAUGUUAGCCAUAUUUUGAAGACUGCUCAUUGUGAUGCUGGGAAAAGCUUGUGUAGCUCCUAUGUGCUUGAUGCCGGAGGGAGAGUAAUAAUAACCUCCAUGGAAUGUUGGGCAUUCCUACUGGUUGGCCUCUGUUAACGGCUACAUGGAGACUGUGGAGGGGCAGGUCUGUCACAUAGGACCUUGAUGAGAUGAGUUCAUCUUAUUUUUGUGCUCCAUUUGGUGAGGGAAUGUUGUUAUUAAUUACUCUAUCAUUAGCAGCUUGCUGAGCUAGCUCCCUUGGGAAAUACCUUCCAGUUUAGUUAUUCCUGAACAUUUGAGCCUCGUUACCAUGGGGAUAGGGACGCGGGUGGUGCUGUGGGUUAAACCACAGUGCCUAGGACUUGCCGAUCAGAAGGUCGGCAGUUCGAAUGCCUGAGACAGGGUGAGCUCCCGUUGCUCGGUCCCUGCUCCUGCCCACCUAGCAGUUCGAGAGCAUGUCAAAAGUGCAAGUAGAUAAAUAGGUACUGCUCCGGCAGGAAGGUAAACGGUGUUUCGUGCGCUGCUCUGGUUUCGCCAGAAGCGGCUUAGUCAUGCUGGCCACAUGACCCAGAAGCUGUAAAGCGAGAUGAGCGCCGCAACCCCAGAGUCGGCCACGACUGGACCUAAUGGUCAGGGGUCCCUUUAACUUUACCAUGGAGAUAAGACAAAUGUAUACGUCCCUCUUGUCCUCCAUUAAAUCUGAUCAGUUGUUUUAUAUGUUCACCAGAAUAGCCACAGGAGCAAAGAUUUCUGAUUUCAAGAAAUGACAGUUGGAUAGAUUUUUGAAGAAUGGCCUGUGCUUUCUCAAAUGGUUGUCAUUCAGCUCAGGAACAUGUUUUCCCUCUUCUUCUAUUUGUUAUUUCAAUGUGGGACUUUCCCCGCCAGUUCUUCUGGGGCAGAGGUUUUCAAAACUGAACUUGGGAGAAACCGUAAUGGCAGAGUUUGCUCAUCACUGCUGCUCAUCCCUUGUUUUGUAUGUAUGGUUGCAGGAGUGUUUGGGAUGCGUUCUGAAGUGAAUUUUGGCAAAGCAGGAUGAGCUUGGCCAAAGCCUUACAUGAACCAAGAGCUGGCCAUGUUCUGAGGUGCAAAGAUUAUGGAGGCAGCCAAUACAGUUUUCUUUGGGUGAUACUGGGAUUAUGAAGGUUUUUAUCUCAUUUCCUUGCAGGAUCUGCUUUUUUCCAGGGGAAAAAGUAGUGGCAAAGCCAUUGCCAGCUGUUUCCAGUACUUACGGGAUGAAAUGGGGACAACUCGAAUUCUUUUUACAUGGCAUAGCAAGAGUUUUUAUCUUACAUGAGGCAGGAAGAACAGAGAAGGAUUUCUUGAUUAGAGUAUAUUCUGGUGUUGUAAUUUGUAUGGUGUGACAAAGUAUUUUCCUUUCAUUCAUUAUAUUCUGAAUGCUCUUAUGGGUGAAUAAUGCAAAGACAUUCAAGACGCUUGUAACAGUUCUUGUUUAUUAUAUACUGCAAAAUGAAAUUAAGAAAUUUAUUUUUAAAUAAAUAAAUACCGGGAUUGUGAAGGAUUUUAUCUCGUUUCCUUGCAGGAUCAGCUUUUUUCCAGGGAAAAAGUAGUUGCCAGGACAUUGCCAGCUGUUUCCAGUACUUACGGGAGGAAAUGGGGAAUACCUCAGAUAAUACACUAGUAAAAAUCAGUGAAACUCUUAGUCCCGUCUAUUUAUGGCUUUAAAGGUAAUAAUAACCAGUGCCUUACAUUGUGCCCAGAAUACAAGCAGGAGCCCCCGGUUUAACAGACACUUGCUAACCCAUUCCCAUCAGAAGGCGGGCUGCUCCAUUUGUACUAGUUGAAGCUUCUGAGCUAUCAUUAAGGGUAGCCCUACGCUGAGAACACUUCAGUAAUCUAGACUCAAAAUUAUGAAGGCAAGAAUGACUUCAGCUUCUGAAUCUGGAAAGAGGCUGGAGCCUUCUCUCCCCAUGGUGCAAAAAUCAAGGUUUGCCAGCUUCUGUGCUUGCCUCUUCUCAAUGGUGAGAGCCUACCACACUGGCAGGGUUUGAAAUUAGCAGGGCGCCAGGUACUUUCGCGCCUAAAAAUUAUCCAUUUGUGAGCACCUCAAAAGGUCUGGGUGACAUUUUCUGCGCCUGGCUGACACUCAAGGAUUACUGAAAUGUAUGUGCUUUGAAGCCUCAAACAUAUGUUAAGGAUAGGCAAUAUGUUAAGGAGUUUAACAAUAAAGAGUAGAGUGUUUUGAAAACUGAAGUAUGGUACCAGUACUUUUAUUGUAAACACCAAAUUAAACAAGUAUUAACAAUUUCCGUUCAUACUUGUUUAAUUUGUGUGAUAUUAACAAUGUGUCACUUUUGUGAAUUGCAUAUUAGUUCAUGCUUAACAAAAUAAUAAAUAAAAAGUGUUGCUGACCCUCCCCAGAAAUGGCAACCAGACUUUCUGUUUUGGUGCCCACAACCCAGGUCCCAGGAGCCAUUUGGCUCCUAGCUUUUCUAUCCCGAUUUCUAACACUGCACACUGGGAGUUCAUCAUGAAAAUAUCUUGUUGUUUAGUUGUUUAGUCGUGUCCGACUCUUCGUGACCCCCUGGACCAGAGCACGCCAGGCACUCCUGUCUUCCACUGCCUCCCGCAGUUUGGUCCAACUCAUGCUGGUAGCUUCGAGAACACUAUCCAACCAUCUCGUCAUCUGUUGUCCCCUUCUCCUUGUGCCCUCCAUCUUUCCCAACAUCAGGGUCUUUUCCAGGGAAUCUUCUCUUAGUUAGUUAAUAAGUUAGAUAUGAGAUUGAUAUCCUACCCCUCAGUAUUAGUGCUCGCAGACGUAGAGCAGCUUGAAGAUUUUUUUUUUUAAAAAUCAAAAUUAAACAAUUCAGAAACAGUUUAAAAUACAGGUGCCCCGCAAGACAAAUGCCUCGCAAGACGAAAAACUCGCUAGACGAAAGGGUUUUCCGUUUUUGCGUUGCUUCGCUAGACGAAUUUCCCUAUGGGCUUGCUUCGCAAGACGAAAACGUCUUGCGCUUUUUUUUAAAAGCCGCUUGAAGAGGCGCGGUUGCGACAGACCAUGCUUCGCAAGACGAAAAACAUCGCAAGACGAAAAGACUCGCGGAACGAAUUCUUUUCGUCUUGCGAGGCACCACUGUAGUAGAGCAGUAAAAACACAUUGGCAAUAGGAUUAAAAUCUUAGUGCUCAAAGACAAAAGUGUCAGGCACUUGGGUGUAACUGAACCAGCGCUUCCAAGGCCCAUCUCCUGCUCUUUGCCGCUUGCUUUUCCUUAGGUCUGGGACCUCAGGAGGGCAGGCAGACGGGGCCCUCUAGGCUGUCCAGGAGGAAUUGCACUUGAUGUACUAGUCUGACAGGGUGGAAAGCAAUUCAUGCCAGAUCAAACAGCACCUUCAAGCUUUGAGUGCCACUCCAUCCAGAACAGAAUGUGACCCUGCCUAGUCCUUUGAACUAUCCACUAACUGUACCUCCAUCUUUUCUGAAUUCAGCUGCAGUUUAUUUGCUCACAUCCCAUCCAAACUUUUAUAGCUAGCAGCAUAUUUUUUAUGGUAAUGAGAAAGCCUGAUAGCACAUUCCCUCCAAGAAUAAGGAAAUUAAAGUCUUAUUCUGAGCUUUAAUUUCUUUAUUUCCUUAAUUUUGCUAAGCCUUGCACACAAACCACAAAAGUUACUGGCCCAAAUGAAAAGUUAGUAGCUGCCUGACUGUUCAUAUCUGGGCUGGUCAUUUCUAGCACAUUAAUGUUCCCAAAGGGAGAGGGGAAUCCAGUUCUAAACUCCAGUUUAGAAAACUUUCCUUGCCUGAUCUAGCUAACAGACCAUAGGCAACCCAGUCCAUGCAUAACAACAGUGGCAAACCAUAUGCUUUUAGGAAGCCACCAACAGGGCCUGGGAGGCAGUAGCCUUUGUGUUGCUCCCCAUAAAAUGAUAUUCAGAGAUGUACUGUUUCUGAAACUUUGAUGUUGCAUAUGUAUCAUUAAUCAGCUCUUAUUUUGCAUACCUGCAUUUACUGUGUUUACUGCAUUUACUAUUUGAUCCUGAGGUAGAGUAGCGGAGCGGGACCCACUGGUUCAAGGUGGGGCACAAUAUCAAGAAAUGGAUCCUCAAAAACAUGUUUGGGUUAAAUGUGGACCCAAGGUUUGAAAAGGUUGAAGAUUCCUACUGUAGAACACCAUUCAUUCAUUAAAAAAGCAUAUUGCAGGAAACCUAGCAGCUGAUUUCAAGACACUCCCUCGCAAUUUGUCACAUGUUCUCAUAACUGGACAGAAAUGUUGUUCUUUGUGUUUUUCAGGUUCCUUCAUUCUGUCCUCAAUGGAGAUUGACUGCACAGGUCAAGGAUGAAGAGCAGCCCUCACAGGCCCCUGAUUCUCAAGAGACGGAAGCUGUCUUUCCCACAUAGCGAUGCGGCGAGCACCUUAGCAGGAGAUGAGCCAAGUGGCCAGAAUGUUGGGUCUCCUAAGCAGGAAGAAGCAAAGCCUAAGGAGCACGGCACAAACAAAACGGAACCCGGAAAUCGAGAAGUCCCUGUGGGGGGGAUUAAGAUAAUAGACCACCCAACCUUGUCAGAUGCCCAGGUGGUAGCUAUUCCUGCUAACACAGAUGUCCAAAGUAUCAUUGAUGCUCUAACAGCCAAGGGGAAAGAAUCUGGCAGUAAUGGGCCUAGCAAAUUUAUUCUCAUCAGUAGCGGCUCUCCUAGAAUGGAGAGAAGAGAGUUCAAGAAUCUUUUCAAAUCUGAUGAGGAGCACAGCACUGCCCACGACAAGGCAGGAGAGGAUGAAAAGUACAUUGGGCAAAGCUCUGCGUUAAUGGAAGAGUUGCUGUCUAUGGAUGGACGAGAACCGGAAGAAAACAGUAUGUAGUUCUUUUUCUUAUGACACAUGGGGCAGCCCUCUCUUUGAUUGACUGCUGCUAGUUGGUGGGGGGAGGGACAGGGCCUAUUCGGGGGGUGGGGGAAGGGUGGCUUUUAGGCAGUGCAUUUUGGGUCUACUCACCAGUAUGGAGUACCAUCACCUCUUUUGUGCUGGCACCAACAACGCAUAUAUCAAGAUGCGAGUACUAGCACCUCUUUUUUUAACCCCAAAAGCACUGCUUUCAGGAGAGAGGAGUUGGUGCAAAAUACAGUAUUCCAAAAUGGCAAAGAGGGUGGUGGCGGAAAGUGCGCCAGGUAUUAUCUGUUCCCUUACUUACCUGUGUGCAGUGCUCCGUCCUGUAGCCCCAGGUUGGUGGGAAUGGAGGGUGCUGUUGGGUGCUUGUGCCCUGGAGUCUUGAAGCAGGGAACCUGUUCUAAGCAGAGAGGCGUUAGCCUGUCCUCACAACAGAUUGCUAUUCUGUACAAAGUUCUCUUUUUGUGUGCAAAGUGCACUUUCCUCAUAGUCUCCCAUCUCAAGUUGCCGCUUGAGAGUGGCAAGUGUGCAGAGCAUGAGGCCAGAGAUAUAUAGCCCCAUUCAAUGUACCCUGUAAUUGGCAAUUAAAGUGGAAGUGUCUUUAUGUGUGAGUAAUAAGGGUUAGGGUUAGGGUAAGGGACGCGGGUGGCGCUGUGGGUUAAACCACAGAGCCUAGGACUUGCUGAUCAGAAGGUCGGCAGUUUGAAUCCCGGUGACGGGGUGAGCUCCCGUUGCUCGGUCCCUGCUCCUGCCAACCUAGCAGUUCGAAAGCAUGUCAAAGUGCAAGUAGAUAAAUAGGUACCACUCCGGCGGGAAGGUAAACAGCGUUUCCAUGCGCUGCUCUGGUUUGCCAGAAGCGGCUUAGUCAUGCUGGCCACAUGACUGUACGCUGGCUCCCUCGGCCAGUAAAGUGAGAUGAGCGCCGCAACCCCAGAGUCGGCCACGACUGGACCUAAUGGUCAGGGGUCCCUUUACCUUUUAAUAUGAAAAUGACAGCAGGCUGUGACCGAAUGGUGCUUUGCACAAUGUACUAUAUAAUCUGCUGUGACAGCCUGGGUAGGAAAGGCAGAGGUACAGGGGAAGGUGUUUGUUACAUUUCCCCUGCUGGGGAAAUGGAUUUCUUUGCAUCGGGUUCAGAGCAAAGACAGGGGCAUGUCUAUGGAAUGAGUAUAGGAAAUGGAGGAGGUCACAAUUCUGCUACUUUGAAUGUGGUAGGCAGGAAAAAUUGUGGUGGAACUAGAACAAAUCUUUCCAGGCAAGGGACGAGGCAGCCUUAAGGAUAACAUAGCAAAAGUGGGAGAGCUUAUGGUUUAAAUUUGUGGAUGUCAGUUUCCAAUCUUUAAAUUAUAUAUUGUCUUUUACUAAAGAUUCAUAAAAGACUGGUAAAAUCAUAGCACCAUAGAAUUAUAGAGUUGGAGGGGACCCCAAGGCUCAUCUAGUCCAACCCCUUGCAUUCCAGGAAUUACAACAUACAGUGGUGCCUCGCAAGACGGAAAACCCGCUAGACGAAAGGGUUUUCCAUUUUGGAGGUGCUUCGCAAAACGAAUUUCCUAUGUGCUUGCUUCGCAAGACGAAAAUGUCUUGCGAGUUCCUGCGGGGUUUUUUUCCUCCCCCCCCCCUUUUUCCCAAGCCGCUAAACCGCUUAUCAGCUGAUCGUUAAGCCGCUUAUCAGCUGAUCCUUAAGCCGCUUAUCAGCUGAUCCACUAAGCCCGCUAAGCCGCUAAUACUGUAGCGCUAAACCGCUAAUGGGCUUGCUUCGCAAGACGAAAAAACCCGCAAGACGAAGAGACUCGCGGAACGGAUUCUUUUCGUCUUGCGAGGCACCACUGUAUAAUAAUGGGAAUAGAAUCUAGUAUAGUCAAACCAUGGUUCUCAAACGGCUCCAUUUUCGAAUGUUUCGGCUCUCAAACACUGAAAACCCGGAAGUAAAUGUUCUGGUUUUCGAACGUUUUUCAGAACCCAAAUGUCCAACGCAGCUUCUGCUUGAGUGCAAGAAGCUCUUGCAACCAGUCGGAAGCUGCGCUUCAGUUGCUGAAAGUUUCAGAAGUUGAAUGGUCUUCCAGUACGGAUUGUGUUCGACAACCGAGAUUGACUGUUCUCCUUCAACGAUAAUAUCUACAUUCUUAAAUUUCUGUCUGUCAGACUGUACUUCAAGGCACAGAAGCAGGACCAAUAACAUGUUGGCAACCAUAACUGUGCAUGGGAUUGAGCAGCGACAGUAUGUGAAGUUCAGUUUAUUUCAAGUGCUGCUGCCCAAACUCCAUUGUGGGCCUCUCUCUCUACUUAAAACUCUGAACUCUGUCUGCUUAAGGCACAAGCUGGAAGCCUUCUUUUGGGAAUCUAGGACUACAGAAUGAGAACUUAAGAGUUUGUAUUUAUCUAGGCAGUGCGGAGACAACAAGCAGUGUCUUGGACAACAGUCUGACUAACAUUCAGUGGCUGGGCAAUAUGAGCUCUAGUGGACUGAGCCCUUGCAGUGUGAAAAAGGAAACAGAGAAGGAGAACCAGACCCCCAAGCAGAAAGCUAUUAAGGUAAGCAAGGUGUGCAGCCAAAUAACAGCCAAGGAAAGAGAAGCCGAGCCAGGUGUCUGUGCAUAGGGCCAGAAUGCAAUUCAGAGACUCUUGUACCUGCACUCUCGUGAGACCAGGCUGCAGAGGCUCCUCUCAUCUCUUGAUUUCCCAGUGUUGGUCUGCCCCCUUCUACCCACUGUAGUGAGCAGGAGAGGGAGGGAAGGAGGUAGACAGAAGGACCAGCAGUGCUCUAGUGUGGGAUAGGCUGCUGUUGACUUUUUAUCUUCAGGCACUUCACAAUUUAAUGUGCAGAGGAGAUCUCUGGAUUGGUAACUGCAACCCUGUAUGGGCAAGGAGGCUCACUGCAAACUGGCUUAACACUGCAGAUAUUUAUAUUUAUGGUGCCAAAUGUUCCAUGAAAUGUCCUUGCUUAGAUGGGAACCUUCAUUCUUAAGUGCACCUUUCUUUCACCUGAUAGCAAUGGCAGGCUACUUGUUCCCAGCGUAUGGGUUGCUUUAAUUCAUAUUUGCAUAAUGCUAUAAAUAAUAAUGGAUUGCAGUUAUUACAUUGCAAUCCCACCUUGACGUUCACCAGGGAGAGAACAGCUGGUGCAGGGUCAUGCGGUGAGCAGCUUUGUUGCUUGGGAGGAAUUUAAACCUGACUCAUGUCCCACAUUCUGCUCACUGCAGCACACAGACUAUGUGGUUUCACAAACACAGUAAGGAAACCUGGGUUUUCCUAAUGUAAGUCUCAAUGUUAUGUUUCUGCUAAAUUAACCGUACAUAGCAUAAGAAGGGAAGACCGUUGCCAUGCUGCAGUUUGGCUGGCGGUCACAGGUAGGCCGCGAAUUACAGUAUUGCAACAGACUUCUGUGAAAUGCUUUGCUAAUGGACCUUGAGAAGAGAAGAGGCCUAGGGAGAUGCAUGCAGGUGGGCAGCCCAGACAAUUUGCAGAAGAACUAUUAGAGCAGGCUGGGGCAGCUUCCCUAAGGGCAGCGUCCUGUUCUGCCACCACUCUGCACCUCCCUGCUCCUGAGGCAGAAGCGUUGUCUGGGCGAGAUGCACAGGAAGAACAUGGGUUCACAGUCAGACUGAGCAGGAUUUCACCCCUGCUUAUCCUUUGAUGAAUGGAGGUUUAAUCCUGCUCAGUUUGCUAGGAUUCCAUCCAAGCCCGCUCCUGAUUCAAGCAGGGUUGGUAUCCCCUGCCCACUCCCAGAGAGAGCCAGUGUGGUGUAGUGGUUAAGAGCGGUAGUCUCUUAAUCUGGGGAACCGGGUUCGCGUCUCCGCUCCUCCACAUGCAGCUGCUGGGUGACCUUGGGCCAGUCACACUUCUUUGAAGUCUCUCAGCCCCACUCACCUCACAGAGUGUUUGUUGUGGGGGAGGAAGGGAAAGGAGAAUGUUAGCCGCUUUGAGACUCCUGAAGGGGAGUGAAAGGCGGGAUAUCAAGUCCAAACUCUUCUUCUUCUUCUUCUUCCCAUUGUUUUAGCCCCACCCAGCUGUCAGAUUUGGCCAAGAGGGCCGAUCAAAGUAAAGAUCUCACUCAUGGAGCCAAAAAGGUUUCCUUUCUCUGAGGAGCAGGUGAGGGCUUCACGAGUGGGGGUUGGCAAGCAGGGAAGCAGCCCUGUGGACUUUAAAUAUUUGCCCAUUAAAAUGGCUAACCCUAUCCUAUUCAGAGGUUCACUGUUUGGUACAUCAAAAUCCAGACGCUCUUCAUAUAACUAACAUUCUACAGGCCCUGCACCCUUCAUAUUGUCUUCUUGUCAGGCCGAGGAAGGUUCUGCAGCGUCUUCCUCUACGACCUCAUGGCAGGAGUCCUUCUCUGAACGUCCCCCCUACUCCUAUAUGGCCAUGAUCCAGUUUGCCAUCAACAGCACUGAGAAGAAGCGCAUGAUGCUGAAAGAUAUCUACACCUGGAUUGAGGAUCAUUUCCCUUAUUUCAAGCAUGUAGCCAAGCCCGGCUGGAAGGUAACAAACACUGUGACCUGUAAAGCUUGCAUGAGGAAAAGCGAGGGGAGAAAGUGCAUUACGCAAACAACUGUCAGUUUUCUCCCUUCAGGUGCAAAUGUUACCAGGGCUAUGUGUAUUCUGCAGGAAAAAAAUUAAAAUGCUGUUCCAAGAAAAGCAGAAUCCUGCAACUUACAUUAACCAUAGAAAUUAAGCACAUUAACAUAAUUCAUCUGCUUUUGCAUAAUUCUGUUUUUCUUGUUUUGAAUAGGAUUCCCCCUGUUUCUUAUGUUCAGUCUGUAGCAGGCUUGGGGGCACCCCAAGGUUUGGAGAAGUGCAGUCAUACCUCUAGUUGUGUUAGGUUCAUGUUGCGGAUUUUCAGGUUGCAAAUGCGGCAAACCCGGAAGUGUAUACUUCCAGGUUUCGCCACACACGCAGAAGUGUUCUGCGCGCUUCGCACAUGCGCAGGAGCGCUCAAUUGCAUCACACGCAGAAGCGGCGCUCUACUUAUGGACUUUUCGGGGUGCGAAAGGCACCCCGGAACGGAUCGCAUCCGUAAGUAGAGGUACCACUGUACAAAAAACAUUGGGGGAGGACUACAGGUGGCGGGGGGGGGGGGGAGAGUUUCUCAGUAGCCAUGUAAUGCUGACUGUGAGGUCAAGGGGAAGACAAAGGCAGGUAGAACAGAAGGGGGAACUUGCCAACUAAUGGAAGCAUUGAAAAGGAGCAGCCUGCACUGCAGUGUUUUGUUAUAGGUCCAUAUUGUGAAUAAUUCCUUGAGUUUACUUUCACAAGGAGGGGUAAGGAGCUAUGCACUCCUAUUCCACACCUGUGCUUCUGAGAUUUCUGCAGGUAUUAUCCUUCAAAGUGGGUGAACAUCUUUUCAGCCAGAAAUGCUACAAACCUGUGGUUGUGUAUUUUUUCUUGUUUCGUUUUUAAGAAAAUUGAGGUUCUCAGGAAGUUUUGCUGUACAAUUUAUUUCACUUUCUGUGCUUUCUUGAUACCUGUGCAGAAUUGCAGCACACACACACACACAAACAUAUGCAUAUGCAUAUAGCUAAUAAAACGAGGAUGAAAAGCAGUUUGAUAUGAACAGGCAUUGAUGUGAACCCUUUGUGGAGUUGCAUUAUUGCAGAAAUUAACAAUCUUGAUGAGCCUGGUGUUUUUAGUAUGCAUGUGAGGUUAUAGUCACUCAUUUAUGGUCUCUUGCCAUACUGUAUAUUUACAAUGCCUUGCCCACAAAUUCCUGGGGGAGAGAGUGUAUAUACCUGCCAUCUGUGUUACACUGUUCUAAAUUAUUGUGGAAGCAACUCCAUGCAAUUGCAUGUAAGAAAGGCACACAUCAGUGUGCAUCACUUGAUCAUUUAGCAUUUGUGGGUCCAGUGGUUUGUGUGAAGCGACUUUACUGAAGCAUAUUAUAUGUGCUGCUUGACUUCUGAUGGAUUGUUCACAUUUAUAUGGAAAACAUCCAUUUGUACUGCAGCCGUGAAGUGAUGACUAUAAGUAUUAACUGGCCUUGGGGCCAUGGAAGUGAAUUCAGAAUAUGAAGUGAACCACAAAACAGUUUACUUAAAUUGGCAAGCAAAAUCUCCUGGUUCAGACAUGCAUGCUCAUCAGUUCCUGACUCCAAAACCAAGCGUCUGUUUGCAUAUACAAAGAAGUCGCCACAUAAUAAUCACCACAAACAGAACCCCCGUAUCACCAGGUGCUACCUUAAAUGAAAUAGUUCUCAACUUUACUCAGACUUCUUGUCUGAAUAAAGCAAGGAGGGAGAAGCACUGAACGGAAAACGAGGGCUCUUUUAAACUUUGCCCUGCUGCUCAACUGCCUUGUGCAAGAGAGAUAAAAGAUGCAGAGCCCUCAAAUAUUUCACAGUACCUUCACAUAAUGUAUUUCACUCCUGGUACCAGUUCCAGAUCCAAUACAGUAAUUUAGAAGAGAUACUUUAUUAACGAGCAAAGUUCCAUAUAAACACAACAUCCACCAACUGAAUUUAAUCUUCUCUCACUGAACAAGCCAACUCAGAGGCUUGCUCUUAAGAAGCCAUUCGUCUUAAAGGUACAGUAACAGAUUAUCAGCACUGGGGAGUGUGGGCAGAUGGGGCUGCGCCAGAGGGGAGAGGAUAAGGCAUGGAAAUGGGGGGUGAUCGGUGCAAGGGAGAGUUGAGAAAAGUAAGGAGGGUGAAUGGAAAAGGGGAGUGAAGAUGAAAAUAUGGGAGCAAAGAGGGAGGAAUGGGAGUGAAGAUGGAAGCAGGGGCAUGAAAUGGUCUGAAGAAUAAUGGGCUGGUCACUUCAAAAUUGAGCAGAAGGCAAAAAGGGUGCUUAGUAGUUACAAUGUGUGGGAGGAGCAAGAUGCAUCAGGUUACCAUAGGGCUGGUUUGUGUACAAAGGAGCUUGCACAAAGGGAGGAGGAGUCAUGGACAUGGGGGUAAAGGUAAAAAUGGGUGCAAAGUAGGGCUACAGAAGAGAAGCGGCUUGCAAAAUCGGGUUGGAAAGGUGAAAAGUGAUCUCAGCAGUUGCAUGGGGUGGGAAGAGGAAGCCCUAGGGGGUUAAAGUGGGGAAUAUGGCAGGGGCAUACAGAGGAUUCAAAGCCCAAGGUCUUUGUGAAUUAUCAAGAUUUUAUCUGAAGAAUCCACUCAUAACAAAAAACAGCAAGCAUUUCUCCUUUCCCAUCCAGAACUCUAUAAGGCACAAUCUUUCUCUUCAUGACAUGUUUGUUCGAGAGACAUCUGCCAAUGGCAAAAUCUCAUUCUGGACCAUUCACCCUGAAGCCAACCGCUAUUUGACACUGGACCAAGUGUUCAAAGUGAGUACCUUUCAUGCAGAAAAGGAGAUUGCCCUACCAAUUCCUGAUUUCUCAAGCACCUGGCUAUUUCCAUUCUGAGGAGGCAGGUGAAGACAUGCUGGUGAGCAUUCGAUCACCUAGGUUUGGUAUUAGAAGGGAAAUGGAUCACUUGAAUUCACAGAAAGGAAAGUCUUAAGUACUGGUGUGGCUAUAAACCUAUUAAAAGGGUUAAAGAAUGCUAUCUCAUUGUCUAGAUAAGUGUGGGGAACAUGUGGCCCUCCAAAUGUUGCUGGACUUCAACUCCCAUAGCCAAUGGUUAGGGAUGAUGGGAACUGUAGUCCAGGAGUAUCCAGAGGGCCACAGGAUGUGGAACUAACAUACUUUGAUUUCAGUAAGCCUUUUGACACAAGUCCUCCAUGAAAUUCUUGCAGAGAAGCUGGUAAAAUUUGGGCUGCAGAAGAUUAUUGUUUGGUGGAUUUGUAGCUGGUUGACUGACCGAACCCCAAGAGUGCUCACUAAUGUUGGAAAAAAGUGGAAAAAAGUGACAAAUGGGGUGCCACAGGGUUCCGUCCUGGGCCCGUUGUUGUUCUCUGUCUUUAUAUACAAGUUGGAUUAAGGAAUUGAAGGGAUGUUUAUCAAAUUAGCAGAUGACACCAAACUGGGAGGGGUAGCUAAUGCUGCGGAAGACAGAAUCAGGAUAACAGAUUGGAGAGCUGAGCCAAAAGUAACAACAUGAAUUUCAAUAGGACAAAUGAAAGGUUCUGCACUUAGGCAGGAAGAACCAGAUGCACAAGUAUAAGAUCAGGGACAACUGGUUUGCAGUGGUACAUGUGAAAAGGAUCCACAAGCUUAACAUGACUCAACAGCAUGAUGCAGCAGCAAAGAGCUAAUGCUGUUCUAGGCUGUAUCAACAGAAGUCUAGUGUCCAGAUCAAGGGAAGGAAGAGUCCCACUCUAUUCUGCCUUGGUCAGACCCCACCUGGAAUACUUCAACCAGUUCUGGGCACCACAAUUUAAGAAGGAUAAUGACAAGGUAGAAUGUGUGCAGGAGAACUAUCUGACAGAGCUGUUUGACAGUGGAACUGACUACCUUGGAAGGUAGUGGACUCCUUUAUUGAAGGUUUUUAAACAGCUUGGAUGGCCAUCUGUCUGGAAUUCUUUAGCUGUGAUUCCUGCAUUGCAGGAUAGGACCAGGUGAUCCUUUGGGUCCCUUCCAACUCUGCCAUGAUUCUAUGGUCCCCACCUCUAGUCUAGACACAUGAAUUCCUGGUCGCCAUUGAGAAGUCAUUUUUAAACAUUGGGAUGAAAACUGCUCCUAGGAAUUAAUGGAGAAAUCCGAAAUAUUAACAUAGUAGUCAAUGGGUAGCAGUAUAUCUACCCUCAAGCAAAAGGCGUUCAUCUGAAAAAUUUGUUUUUCACAAAUGUUUAAAAAAUGUCAAAUCCAGAUCGUUACCCACCAUUGCAGUUUGUAAUGGGCUUGGCUGACAGAGUGUGUCUUAUGGCAGCCUGUUAAUGCUUCAGGCUGGAGGUUAGGCAGAGAUUUGGAUUCCCUCCAUACAAUUCCUCUGUACAAAAUAUGUCUCAGGUUUUUUCUAAGCCAAAUCCACAGCUUAUUUGCAUAUCAAAGCCUUGCACUCCAGUGCCUUGUAGAUGCAAAUGGGUUGUGUGUAUAAAGGUUGGCAAAAUUUUAAAAACAACACACCCCCCAGACCCUAAGUAAGGAAGAAAAGGGGCUAAUUUUUGCCAUGUCUCCAUGGAUUGCUAUGGACAACCCACACUUCUUUCCUUGCUAAGAGAAAGUUGUAUUUGGGGGCGGAGGGUUGCAUGAACCUGGAAACCCACUUUGUGGUUUGGCCUGGUUAUUUUAAAAGUUUUUGUUGAAAAGUGCCUGCUCCUUGUUCUCCCCCAAUCUAGCCUCAAACCAGGGCUAACCUUCUGAUCAUUGGAAGCUCUGGAAGCGUUUGGUAUUGUACAAAACUUUCAGCAUACUUUCUCACUGAGGACUCACAGAUUGUUCUGUACUGUCUGCUGUGCCCAAAUGUUCCUUUGUUCUCCGGUUUAGCUGACAAUUUCCUUUUCAUUCCUUUUGUAUACUUGGCCACCACCAGCCACUGGAUGUGCAGUCACCAGCAUCACCCGGGCUCUUGGAAUCAGUAAGACCUUCCCUCCUGGUUGGGCUUGGGUUUCUUUCUUCCCUCUUUCGGUGCCUGCAGAUGUAUAGAGGUUGCUUUACUAGUCAGAGCUGAGAUCCUCCUGCAGCUUCCCCUUCUGUGCCUCCUUCAAGUGUGUGGAAAAUGCAGGGGCCGCCUUGGCUACCUACAGUCAUGCUACUCGGACCGAUGAGUGGAUACUUAAGUUUAUUCACCGCCUAUUAAUUUGGGGGAACAAGCAAAUAUUUGGUCAAAUGGUGGGUUUUCAGUACAUUCAAAAAAACCCAAAAACCUGCAAGUGCAUUUUUAGAUUAUUUCUGUUGUAAUGCUUGGUUUAAAGGAGCAAAUGAAGCCUCUUAAUAUAUCUUUCUAGAACACGGUGAGAGAGAGCACAAUGGGGGGGUGAGUGGAGGGCAGGCUCAUGGCAUCAUCGCUUGCAUCCUGACAGCAGCCAACAAUGCUGAUAGGACUGAAACUAAAAACUCUUCUCCAUGUGAUGAUAAACUUGCAAAUAGCUAGUUUGACUGACUCCGUGUAUCGAGUGGCGCUGUCUCUGCUUGCUGCUGCUCCUUUUCUUCUGCCAUUGUGUUCAAGCAUGUUGAACUUGGGUAGAACGAAACACACUGCACAAUUAAUCUUUUUAUCUUUAUUUCUUCAGGCAGUGAGAGUUAUCAAACUCAGCUCCUUUUUCUCUCCACCCCCCUUCCUGCCUGAAGGACAGCUGUGGAAGGAGUUCUGUUGUGCCACCUCUGUCAGGCUCUAUGGGGUUUGUGGGGUGACAGUCAGCAAAGACAAGGGUGUCUGCUUGCAGCAGGAGGUGACACAUAUUGCCCCAUAGCUCUGUGGCAGUUAAAUUUCUUAUAUUAGUUCAGCACUGCCCUCCGGAUCCAUACAAAGCAGUUGGGCAAUUGCAGCUUCUCUAACUUUUGUUUUCUUGUCUCUCUUAAUCUAAAACUAAUGUAGCAGCAAAAACGGCACAUUCCCGAUCUACAGAAGAGUAUGAGAGGCACUAGUGGUCGUAAAAAUGAGCCACAGGCUGCACGUGAGUGUAUACUCUACAUCUCUACCAAUCUCAAAGAAAGUGGCAAAAUUCUUCUCCCUAACGAAACCCCAACAGUGGAUUUAAUGGGAACUGUGACAAGGGUGUUUUCUGCACAUGUUGGAGGUAUUCACCUGGUGUGCAUGUGAGGGCUGGAGGGCUGUAACGGAAAAGACAAAGCAAGGCAGGAAGCAGAGACCAGCAAAGCAAAGUUCAGGGGGUAAAUGUCAGUCCUCCGUAAGGGACAGGCAGAAUUCUUAGCCUGGGGGUGAACCCCUGUAUGAAACUGCAGCCCCGCAGAAGAGCCUCCAGGCACUCAGCAAUACCUGGCAGUACCUGCUACCUGAGAGCACGUACGCUUACUUGCAGACAGUCCCAGGUUCAAUGCUUACUUCUCCACUUAAAGAAGUACAGGGAAAGGCCUCUGUUGCCCGUCAGAGUAGCACUGAUCUGGCAGGAUCCUGGGUUAACUCUACAGAAGGCAGCUUCAUUAUUCAAGAUCUUUCCAAGCUUCUUCCCCUGCGUCUGUCUGGGUAUAAUACAAACUCCACUAACUGGCUAAGGACUGGGACUUUCCAUGUAUGUGGAGACACUGAAAAAUUCCCAGGUUUGAAAUAAAAGGUCUAUGUACAACCAUAAAGCAUGGUGCUAGUGAUCUACUGUAUUUUUCGCUUUAUAGGACGCACUUUUCCCCCUCCCAAAAUUAAGGGGAAAUGUGUGUGCGUCCUAUGGAGCGAAUGCAGGCUCCUUGGCUUCAGUGAUAGCAACGCGAAGCCUCCGAAGCGCAGAGGGAGCGCUCCCUCCACGCUCCGGAGGCUUCAGGUUCCUUUCGCUGAAGCCAGGAGAGUCUUGCUCUCCGGGCUUCAGCUAAAGGAACCCGAAGCCUGCAGAGUGCAGCGGGAACUUGCACUGCGCUCUGAAGGUAGCAGGUCGGGGAGCAGCGGGAAGGCUGCACGCAGCUCGGCUUUCCCCACCGCCAGCCCCACAAGCUCCAGGGAGCAUCAGAAAGGCUGCGCGUAGCCUUCCCGCUGCUCCCCAGACUGUCGGUGAGGGAAGCUCGGCUUUCCCCACUGCCAGCCCCACAAGCGAAAGGAACCCGAGGCUAUCUGGAGAGGGAGAGGGGUCGGUGCACACCGACCCCUCUCGCUCUCCAGAUAGCCGCCUGAAGCCUCCGGAGCACUCCUCCAGGAGGAGAAAUGGAAGGGGCUCCGUUUCUCCUGCCGCUUCGCUGAAGGGGCGCUGCGCAGAGAGGGGAGAAUUUUCCCCCUUGUUCUCCCCCUCUAAAACAAGGUGCGUCCUAUAGAGCGAAAAAUACGGUACUUCACAAGCCACAACAAGCUGUCAGUAGAAUACUCACAAUAGUCAGUCUAGUGCUUCCAUUCCCAGAAAAGCAGCAAGGAAUUACUCUUGUGUGCAGUUUUGAAUCGAAGGAGGACACUGAUGCAACUGAGAUGAAAGCAGAGAUUUCCCAGUACAAAACUGGGAAGGCUCUGGUGGCUGAUCAAUUAAAAUUGAGGAAGUACCUUUUAUAGAUACUGGGCUAAGACCUCUUUUUCCUUCCUAGGCCGAAAAAUGAAGCCCUUGCUGCCACGUGUCAACUCCUACCUAGUUCCAAUUCACUUUCCUUUGAGUCAGUCCGUCAUCCUUCAACCUUCUUCAAAGAUGCCUCUUCCUGCAUCUCAGGGUGCCUCAGAGACCAUGCAGAGCAGCAAACCCGUGUGCAUUGCUCCAAAGGUCAGACUGUAUGUCAGUACCCAACUCCAUGCUUGUGCCUGAGAAUGAGAAUAAAUUUGCAGCCUGGCUGUCAGGGCAGGCAUUUCCCACUUCCAGAGUGGUUCCCCUCAUUCCACAUUUGUACUGAGGCCUUGAUUUGAUAGUGCUGCUUUGUAAAGGAUAUUGCACUCAUUGGGUAUAAUCGCCACAAUCACCCGAGACAUUAUUAUCAUCAUCAGAUAAAAUAAAAAAAUUCCUUCCAGUAGCAACUUAGAGACCAAUUAAGUUUGUUAUUGGUAUGAGCUUUUGUGUGCAUGCACACUUCUUCAGAUAGCUUGUUGAUGGACUUCCAUUUCAUGCGGCUCAAUGUGGUGCCUUCCAUAGUUCUAGUUGCAGGUAGAUAGCCGUGUUGGUCUGCCGUAGUCUAUGGCAGACCAACACGGCUACCUACCUGUAACUAUCAUCAUCAGAUGUAUGCGUCACUUAUUGUAUACUAUACAUCACAUCUUUAAGCAACCUAAAAAAGAUUGAGAACCAAAAAGGCAUAGCAGAAAAUAAAAGCAAUACAUUAAAACCGCUUCAAUGACCCAUAAAGAAGCCCUCCAAAAUUAUGAAAUUAUUUAAAUGGUUUUAAAAGCUCUCAAAGCAGCUUACAAAACAAAUUAAUUACCAGUAUACACCAGUAGAAGAAGAGGAGCAAAAAACAGUUGUAUUUUGCAUUCCCAUUUUGUAUUUUUCUGUUGUGAACCACCCUGGGAUCUUUGGAUGAAGGGUGAUAUACAAAUUUAAUUAGUAACGAAUAAAAAAUAAAAUACAUUUACUGCACAACCGUAUGCAUUAUCUACUCAAAAGGCAGUCCCAUUGGGUUCAGGGGACUUACUCCCAGAUAGGAUUGAAAACCUAAAGCCAGCAUAUAGGGAUCCCAAAUACAAUUAAAAGCUUGAAAGAAAAGGAUGAAUUUUGGGGCCUAAAGGAUUAAAAUGGAACCUGUCUGAGGAGGGAGUUCCACAGUGCUCUGAACAAGUCCUACAGGAUUCAGAGAGCUUUAAAUAAGGAGCUGACUAGCUUCCAGUUACCAGCUGCCCACGAGGGCUGAUUGGACUUGGGGGUAAAAGGCAGCAUUUCUUUCACAGCUGAUCCUGUUGAACGUGUGCUGCUUGUGUAACCGAGGGACAGGGAAGAUUUGACCCUCCAGAUGUUGUUGAACCUUUUGGCUAUACGUGCUUCUGGCAUGUGGUCCCCCAAGUACUGGAGUGUUUCAGGGGAUGAGAGUGACACUGCUCCCCAAUACUAAGAGAGACAGAGCAACCUCUUGCUUUGCCCUCAUCUUCAUAUGUCAAUUGCCAGGAAGAGAUUUCUCCUCACAGUGAACAUUUGUGGAAAGCUCGUUACAAAUGGUUAAAUGAUAUUAAGCGGAGCACCCAUCAAGACACACAUACACGCACAUCUGUAUCUUAUUGUAAUGUCCUUAACUUUUCUGUUACUUCCUUGUUUUGUGAGGGGUUUUUUAAUCAAUAUCUUGCUGUCAAAUAUACUUUACUGUCUCUCAUUCUGUCUUCCUAUCGCAGGUGUUGCCGUCCAGUGAAGAGCCAACCCUGCUCCCAGCUCCCAUCCCCAUCAAGGAGGAGACUUGUGAUGGAGAGUUAUCUCCAUUUACAUCCCAGCAGUCCAUAAAGCAGGACGCCUGUUGGAUCAGCAAAGAAUCAUUCGCCGCAGCCCUGCAUAUAAAAGAGGAGAGUGACAACUUUCAUUCCAACACAUGGGCCCCUCAGUUCCUCCCCACAGUGUCUACAAAGGUAGAGCCAGAGCAACUGGGUGAACCACCAGACAUAGUUCUUCCAGCCCCACCUGCAAAGCAGAAGAGACCAUUUACAGCUCUCAAGUCACCAUCCCGGAGCAAGUUGGACACACUGGUUAUAAAGAGACAAGAGAGGCAAGAAAUGGGCAGAUCCAGAAGGAAACAGCACUUAGCCCUGCCUUCCUCUGAAGAACCAGUCCUCCUCCUGCAACCCACCAGUAGGUCAGAGUCAUGCACGGUGGGAAAUGACCCUCCCUUUGCAACGGAUACUCAUCCUCUGGAAAGUACAUCUCAGUUUAGUUGCUCUCAGGGAGAAGUCAUUCCUUUUAAAUCUGCAAUAAAAGAGAUGUUCUGCAAGCUGCCCAUUUCUUCCGUACCUAGUAAAGCCCCCAUAACCACCCCAGCACCAUUCCUGGCAACUACUGACCCCUGGAGAUUGGCACCUUUUGUCAAGGAAACUAGUGAUCUGCUUUGCAGUCCUGUGAGAACCUCUCCAACCUCAUUAAUAUCCCUUCAGGGGAACUUGGACAUCCUGGGACUUGGCAGCACUCCCUUAAGGCCAUCGUUAUGCGAUUCUCCACAGCUGCCACUCCUAAAUGCAGAAACCAAUGACAUGGUCUCUGGGCCCUUGACCAGCUCUCCUGCAACCAGCAAACAGUCGUCCCCAGAGCUUCAGGCCUCUGCUCUUCCUGAAAACCAUUCAUUCUUGGAAGGCCUAGUCCUGGACACCAUGAACGACAGUUUGAGCAAAAUCCUACUAGAUGUCAGUUUUCCUGGCCUUGAGGAUGACAACUUGGGUACUGAUCUCAGUUGGUCACAGUUAAUUCCUGAACUGAAAUGACCACAUUUUGUUUAUAGAUUCUGGUUUAGUGCAAACCACCAAGGGACGCAGUUGGUGGGUUGUUUUUUAACUGACUCCCAAGCUGUUAUCACAUUAGGAUGAUCCUAUCAUAUAGCUGGUCAUAGAAUGAUCCAGAAGCUGCUUGGAGUCCUAAUGGAUAUUGCUAUUGAUUGGACAGAGCCAAUCCACUGGACAAUCAAUGACAUCUAAGUCUGUUACUUACAAAACAUAGUGAAAAUCCCUUUUAAUAGCCCUCCCAUUUGAUAGAGCAUCUAAUGUACAUAUGUUGGCCUUUGUAUAUAUUUGUAUAUUUUAGUGCCUUUUAAAGUAUAAAGAUGGUGACUAAAUGCAAAAGAAGAUGAGAUUCUUGUAUGUUUAAUAUGUUUAAUAACUGCAGAGGGAACAUCAGCUGGUUCUGUUUGUAAAUAAAAGAGAUGCAUCUGCCAAAAGUUUUCUGUUACACUACACAUUAAAUGCAAUCCUAUGUGGCCUUUGGUCACUUAUUUCCACUUAUGGAAAUAACUAUAACAAAUAACUAUUCUUUGUUUUGUGCCUUUAAUAGGGACCUAGCAUGAAGGAAUUUAGCAGCCAAAGCAUUUCCCAUUUCUAUGUCCAUGUGAAGAGAAAGCUUUAGCUGUGCAACUUUUUAUUCCAGGCUCCUGUUAAAGGACCAGGAGUAGGGCCAGGAAAAAAAUACAUUGGCAACCAUAUUCAGAAUUCAUACACCAGCAGACUUAAAUGUCUCCAAUCAAUCAGAAAAGGGAGAUUUUGAUUGCCAUAGAGACAACUUAUAAAUAUGCUCGGGUGGGAUUUGGAGCUGCUGGGUUUUAAAUCUCACUGUCACUGCUGAUGUCACUUUUCCUGAAACACCUGGUGCUUAAAUGCCCAGCAGAGCAGUUGCACGGCUUAGAUGCUCUAAAAUCCUCCCAGUAGGGCAAAAGUAACUUCUAACUUAGCACAGCCACACUGACAGGUACCACUUUCGAGUAGUGAUUCGUGCAAGCAGGGUUGGAAAAAACAUGGCCACUACCAUGUAGGAAUGCCUGCCACUGUAGUCAAACCAGGUCAGAUGCUGCUUCCUUUAUGGGGACAUGCUGUUCAAAGUUUUAGAAUGGUUGGCUAAAGUGGGGCUCUCUGACUGUUGUUGGACCCAGCUUUCAUCAGCCCCAGCAGGGCCAAAAGUGAGGGGUGAUGGGGGGUCCAGCAACAUCUGGAGAGCCAAACCAGAUCCAACGCAGGCACCACUUAGCUUCCCAACUUGAGCACUUGAUGUAACCUUCAGCAAUUAGAGAAAUGGGGAAGAGCUUCAAAAAUUGAUCCCGUAAUCUUCAUUUGGGGAAAGGGAGCACUUUUAAGCAGGAGAUCAAACUUCAAAUACACAUUUUAAAACCUUGUUUCCCUUCUCUUAUAUCAUAUGGGUGAAAAGAAAAGAAAGCAAUUGUGUGAAAUGUGAUUUGUCUUAUGCACUGAAUAGUCUGGCCUUAAAAAAAUAAAUGAAUCAAUAACCCCUGCAUAGAAGUACUUCAGCCACAGUCUGUGUUUGUGUUUCUUCUAACAACCUAUGCAAUAAAGCCAGAGUAGAAAGUGUG